GACCGGGAGAGCAUAGGAGCUUUGGUCCGUUCUCCCUGCUCUCCUUUAUCCUUAGGGGUCGGGGACGGCCUGGUGCCUGGUGUAUGGCCACGGAGUUACGGUGUCUGGACUCCAUGCCCUGUCACAACCAGCAAGUAAACUGUGCCUCGACCCAAAACCCCGAGCCGCAGCAAGCUGGCGAACUGAUCCCGGACCAUGCCGGGGGAAACAGCAACUUCGCGGGCAAGCUGACUCUCCUCAGGGGGAGAGUAAGCUCUUCUAGCGUACCGGCUGAGCGGGACUCACAGGCCUGCGGCGGCGCCACCCUCAACUCAGAGAGCAACGGUGGCACUGGCAACUCUGACGCGCCAGCCAGCGACUCCCUCCUAGGGGACUGCGAACUCUCCCGACAGAUCGGGGCGCAGCUUAAGCUCCUGCCAAUGAAUGAUCAGAUCCGGGAGCUGCAGACCAUCAUCCGGGACAAGUUCCUGUAUCCUAGUGAAAAAUGUCAUGUCUCAAUAAUAGUCUGUUACAGGACAGCCAGUAGAGGGGACUUCAUGUUUUCUGCGGAUCGUUUGAUCAGACUUGUUGUGGAAGAGGGAUUGAAUCAGCUACCAUAUAAAGAAUGCAUGGUGACCACUCCAACAGGGUACAAGUAUGAAGGAGUGAAAUUUGAGAAGGGAAACUGUGGGGUCAGCAUAAUGAGAAGCGGUGAGGCAAUGGAACAAGGUUUACGAGACUGCUGUCGAUCCAUACGAAUUGGAAAGAUCCUGAUUCAGAGUGAUGAGGAGACACAAAGAGCCAAAGUAUAUUAUGCCAAGUUCCCCCCAGACAUUUACAGGAGAAAAGUCCUUCUGAUGUAUCCGAUUCUCAGCACUGGAAACACUGUAAUUGAAGCUGUAAAGGUUCUCAUAGAACAUGGAGUUCAACCUAGUGUUAUUAUCCUACUCAGUCUGUUCUCCACUCCUCAUGGUGCCAAAUCAAUCAUUCAAGAGUUUCCAGAGAUCACAAUUUUAACUACUGAAGUUCAUCCUGUUGCACCUACACAUUUUGGACAGAAAUACUUUGGAACAGACUAAGUUAUCGAAGGAAAAUUAUUCUAUUGUGUAAUAUUACAGUUAUGAGUUUCUACCUGUUUGACUAAUUCACUUGAGGAAUGACAUAGAAAAUCAUUUUAAAGAUACUUUGUAAGUUUUGGAAAUAGGUAUAUUAAAAGGAAAUACUUGAGGUUUGUUUUUUUAUUUAACUAUUUCUUGACCGUUGGCACCAAAUUCAGCAAUGAAGCACACGCAGCUCUUCAAAAGUAUUUUAAUAAUGUUCUUAUGCAAAUUGCUGAUCCAUCAGUGCAUUAAACUGUUCCCUAAUUUAUGAACCUCAGUUUAGAGGUUGCUUGCAGCCACAAGUAAAACCCAAAUGGGAGUCAGUUCAUUGGCCCACUCUAGUUUGCAUUUUGUUUAGUUUGCUUUUAGUUCUAGGGAGAUUUCAUAUAUGUGGCUGUUGUCACCUUCCUCUACUCUUUACUUCCUAGUACAAUACACACUGGUAACUUGGAGAGGAUGAAUAAAGAAUGCCUCAUAUAAUUUUACGUUUCCAUUAGUGUCCUUACUCAGUUGGCAGAUCCAGGGUAUACAGUUAGCUCUUCGUUCAAGCCAUUAUGUUCUUCAUGGCUCACUUCCUACCAUGUGCAUUGUUGGUAGGUGCCUUGUCAAGUGUAAUGCAGUCAAGACGAUGGUGGGGCAUUCCAGCAACUGGAAAUGUAACACUAAUUGCUCAGAUUGAACCAGGGAUGUCUGGAUGUUGACAAGGGAGGGCUAAAUACUGUUAAUGCCAUCAAUGACCUAGAAAUGAAUUGGUGGUGAUUUUUCUGAGGUGUGGGGGAAUGGAUGGUUUUUUGCUGGGCGUAUGGCCAAUAAGUAAAUUAAAAUGCUUCAUUUUUGUGUUUUCAGUGAAAUUUUUGUUCUAGUUCUGUGAAAAAUGCCAGUGGUAGUUUGACAGGGAUUGCAUUGAAUCUGUAGAUUGCUUUGUGUAGUAGAGUCAUUUUCACAAUGUUGAUUCGUCCAAUCCAAGAACAUGGUAUAUCUCUCCAUCUGUUUGUAUCAUCUUUAAUUUCUUUCAUCAGUGUCUUAUAAUUUUCUGCAUACAGGUCUUUUGUCUCCUUAG